CAAUCAGUCAUCAGACUCCAUUUACAGCCAACGGAGCAAAAGAGGGAAAACAGGACAUGUAAGGCAGGAGAGCCAAGAUGACAGCGACGGACAUCCUCAACAUUCUGGACGAUUUAAGAGACAAUGACUUUGAGAGGUUCAAGUGGUUUCUGAAGAAUGAAAGGGUGGGCAACAUCGCACCCAUCAAAGAGAAUCCUCUGUCAAAGGCAGAGAGGCAGGACGUGGUGGAUCUGAUGGUGCAGAAAUAUGAAUUUGCUGGAGCUGUGGAAGUGAUCAGGAGUAUUUUAAAGAAGAUCAGCAGGAAUGAUCUGGUGAGGAAGUUAAACAUUGGCUCAGGAGCAGAAGGUCGGUCACAGGAAGAGACAAACAUGACAUCACAUCCAGACAGCAGAUCUUUGAGGAGAAACAGUCUAGACACAGAUGGUGAUCUGCAGAAGGUUUCAGAUAUAUAUAAGAUCGGUCUGAGGAGGAGAUGUCAACAUGUGACUGAAGGAACUGAUGAAGCAGGAAGUGAAACCCUCCUCAACAAUAUCUACACUGAGCUCUACAUCACAGAGGGAAAGAAUAAAGAGGUUAAUACCCAACACGAGGUGUGGCAGCUUGAGACAGCUUCCAAGAUGACCCCCUAUGACACGCCAAUCAAGUGUCAUGACAUCUUUAAAGCCUUACCUAACCAAAAGAAAUACAUCAGAGUCGUUUUGACAAACGGCGUUGCUGGUGUUGGAAAAACCUUCUCAGUGCAGAAGUUCACUCUGGACUGGGCAGAAGGCUUGGAAAACCAAGAUGUCAGUCUGGUGAUUCUGCUUUCGUUCAGGGAGCUGAACUUGAUCAAAGAUGAGAAGUACAGUCUUCUCAUGCUGAUCCAUGAUUUCUGUCCACUUUUACAGAAGGUCACAGCAGAGAAGCUCAAUGACUGUAAAGUUUUGUUCAUCUUUGAUGGCCUGGAUGAAAGCAGACUUUCACUGGAUUUCAAGAACAGGAGGGUCGUAUCUGAUGUCACACAGAAGUCAUCAGUCAAUGUGCUGUUGACAAACCUCUUCAAGGGGAAUCUGCUUCCCUUGGCUCUCAUCUGGAUAACUUCCCGACCUACAGCAGCCAGUCAGAUUCCUCUGACAUGUGUUGACAGGGUAACAGAAGUACGAGGCUUCACUGACGCCCAGAAGGAGGAGUACUUCAGGAGGAGAUUCAGUAAUGAACAGCAGGCCAGCACAAUCAUCUCACACAUCAAGACAUCUGGGAGCCUCCACAUCAUGUGUCACAUCCCAGUCUUCUGCUUGAUCAUUGCUACAGUUCUGGAGAAUGUGUUGACUACAGACCAGAGAGGAGAGCUGCCCAAGACCCUGACUGACCUGUACUCACACUUCCUGCUGGUUCAGACAAAAAGGAAGACGUACAAGUAUGAUGAAGGACAUGAGACGAAUCCACAGGAGCUGACGAAGGCUGACAGGGAAGUUCUUCUAAAGCUGGGGAGGCUGGCGUUUGAACAUCUGGAGAAAAGAAACAUCAUGUUCUACCAAAAAGACCUGGAGCAGUGUGGUCUCGAUGUCAAAGAGGCCUCAGUUUAUGGAGUUUGUACAGAGAUCUUCAAAAGAGAAAGUGUGAUCUUCAAGAAAACAGUCUACUGCUUUGUUCAUCUGAGUGUUCAAGAGUUUCUGGCUGCAGUCUACAUGCACCACUGUUACAACAACAGGAACACAGAGGUACUGGAGGACUUCCUGGGAGAAGACUACAAACACAGGGAAUCAAAACCAAAGUCUCUCCUCCAGAAAAUUUCUGCUUAUUUCAGAAACAAUGAUAGCCGUGACCCACCUAACAGUAAUCAUGAUUACCCAUCUCUGGAUGACUUCCUGAUGGACGUCAUGGAGAAAUCUCUCAGAAGAGAAAAUGGCCACCUAGACCUGUUUGUUCGCUUCCUUCAUGGCCUCUCUCUGGAGUCCAACCAGAGUCUUUUAGGAGGCCUGCUGGGUCAGACAGAGAACAGUCCAAAAAUCAUCCAGAGAAUCAUCAGCAACCUGAAGGAGAUGAAUACCUUCAGAAUUUCUAGUGAAAGAACCAUCAACAUCUUCCACUGCCUGAUGGAGAUGAAUGACCGCUCAGUACAUCAGGAGAUCCAAGAGUUCCUGAAGUCAGAGAACAGAUCAAAGAAGGAAAUCUCUUUGAUCCACUGCUCAGUUUUGGCCUACAUGCUGCAGAUGUCAGAGGAGGUUUUGGAUGAGUUGGACCUAAAGAAGUACAACACAUCAGUGGAGGGACAACGGCGACUGAUCCCAGCUGUCAGGAACUGCAAAAAGGCUCAACUCUCUAGCUGUUGGCUCUCAGAGACUCACUGUGAGGUUUUGGUCUCAGCUCUGAAGUCCAACCCCUCCCAUCUGAGAGAGCUGGAGCUAAGCUUCAACAAGCUGCAGGAUUCAGGAGUGGACCUGCUGUGUGCUGGACUGGAGAGUCAAAACUGUAGACUGGAGAGUCUGAGACUGAGGGACUGCAGUUUGUCAGAGAUCAGCUGUGCUUCUCUGGCCACAGCUCUGAAGUCCAACGCUUCCCUUCUGAGAGAGCUGGAGCUGAGUAAAAACAAGCUUCAAGAUUCAGGAGUGAAAUUUCUGUCUGCUGGACUGGAGAGUCCACACUGUAGACUGGAGAGUCUGAGAUUGAGGGACUGCAGUUUGUCAGCGAACAGCUGUGCUUCUCUGGCCACAGCUCUGAAGUCCAACCCCUCCCAUCUGAGAGAGCUGGAGCUGAGUGAAAACAAGCUACAAGAUUCAGGAGUGAAGUUUCUGUCUGCUGGACUGGAGAGUCCACACUGUAGACUGGAGAGUCUGAGGUUGAGUCACUGCAGUUUGUCAGAGAUCAGCUGUGCUUCUCUGGCUUCAGUUCUGAAGUCCAAUCCCUCCCAUCUAAGAGAGCUGGAUCUAAGUGACAACAACCUGCAAGAUUCAGGAGUGAGGCUACUGUCUGCUGGACUGGAGAGCCCACAAUGCAGGCUGGAAACUCUCAGUCUGUCAGCGUGUCUGAUCACAGAGGAAGGCUGUGCUUCCCUGGCCUCAGCUCUGAGCUCCAACCCCUCCUAUCUGAGAGAGCUAGACCUGAGCUACAAUCAUCCAGGAGUCUCAGGAGAGAAGCUGCUGUCUGCAGGCCUGGAGGAUCCACACUGGAGACUGGACACUCUCAGGGUGGACCAUGGUGGACUGCAGAGACUGAAACCUGGUGUGAGGAAGUAUGCCUGUGAACUGAAACUGGAUACAAACACAACAAACAGAAAACUCAAACUGUCUGACAACAACAGGAAAGUGACACAUGUGGAGGAGGAUCAGUCAUAUCCUGAUCAUCCAGACAGAUUUGAUGUCUGGCCUCAGCUGCUGUGUACAAAUGUUCUGAUUGGUCGCUAUUACUGGGAGGUUGAGUGGAGAGGAAGAGUUUAUAUAUCAGUGACUUACAGAGAAAUCAGCAUGAAAGAACACAGUGACGACGGUUUGUUUGGAAGGAAUGAUCAGUCCUGGAGUCUGUACUGCUCUGAUGAUGCUGUUUACUCUGUCUGUCACAAUAAGACAGUAACAUCCAUCUCCUCCUCCUCCUCCUCCUCCUCCUCUCCCUGUUCUUCCUCCUCCUCCUCCGUCUCUAACAGAGUGGCAGUGUAUGUGGACUGUCCUGCUGGCCUUCUGGCCUUCUACAGAGUCUCCUCUGACACACUGAUCCACCUCCACACCUUCAGCACCACAUUCACUCAGCCUCUGUAUGCUGGGUUUGGGUUUACACUCUGGUCUGGUUCAGUGUCUCUGUGUCCUCUGUAGGAGGGAGAGUCUCUCCUGUGUACAGAAACUCUGCUGACUGAAGAUCAGCUGCUGAAAUCAAACAUCACAUACACUCUGCACUGUGAAGCAGAUCUGUCUCAGACUCAAAUACUCAAUUAUUUUUCCUUCUACAUGAUUCAUUGAUUUGUCUCAGUUGACUCUGCUGUUGUUACUGUCAGGAUCAAAUGAGCAGCAUGCAGCUCUAUUUGUGUGUUAAUAAAAUAGAAUCUGUCCAGCCCAGAGUGUUUUUAUGGUUCUCACAUGUAUUCUAUCACACCAUGAGGCAUCAUGGCACCAUAUUCAUGGCAUUAUUUUUGAAAGCAUCUUCACUUUCCUGCCACAAUGGAUAAUAUA